ACCGGCUGCUGCUGGCGAGAGACACAUCACCUGUUGUUUCUGGCCAUCCUGUUGGCCAGUAAUAAUCGAUACUUUGUCGUUUGUUUGGUUUUUUUCUUCUUCUUCAAUCGUACACGAACAACAGAGAAUAAUGGAGACGACAAGUUUACUCUAGAUCAAAUGGCACCAUCGGCGCCGAUGCUCUUGUUAGUUGCUGUAGUACUCUCCAUUGGUUUGUUCCACACACUCAUUUCCAUCACGUUCAAAGAAGGGAGAGGAAUAUUCAAAAGCACAUCAAAUAGAGACCCGACAGCUCAGCUAAAUAUUACGACGGAAUCGCCAACGGAAAAUGAAUUGCCAUUUUGCAUGGGGAACCUUCUCGAUAAGAAGCGAUACUAUUACGUUCAAAAAGCCAAAGGAUCGUACUACGACAGCAGCCGUUUAAUGACUCGAUCGGGAUCGUGCCAACUGCUGAAUUACACGACUGAGCGUCUAGUCGCCUGUCUCGACACCCUUCGUAAUCGGCAACCGUUUGAUGGGCCAUUGCAUUUGCUAUUCAUGGGCGAUUCAAGAAUUCGCCAACAGUUUCUCAACUUUGUCAGGGUGAUGCCAGAUUACGACCUGAUAAUGCACCCAAGUAACGCUCCUCUACGUUUUCAACAUGACGUGGAAGUGACAAGUAAAAUCCUUGGACUGCGACUCUCGUUUAAAUGGCAGCCCUUUCUCAAUGACAACGUCGUCAAGUUGGUGCGUCAAUGGGCAAAUUCUACUCCAAGUGGAAGACCCUCCUUUAUUUUGCUAAGUAUGGCCCUGUGGCACAUGUUGCGCGUACAACACCGCUAUUAUGAAGAAAAACUGACGGAACUGGCCCCGGUUUUGGCCCAGCUGUCGAAUGUCACUCGAGUCAUUUGGCUCAAUCAAUAUCCGACAAUUGCAUCCAGCGGCGCAAAUAUUUCUCCCAACACGCAGAUUCAUUCGAAGAAGAUACACAUCUACAACACAUCCGUCAGGCGCAUUCUACUCGGGGAUCAGAAGGGCGGCAACAGGAGCAAUGUGCAGAUUUGGGAUUCAGGGAAUCGACUGGUCGAGGAGUACAUCCGCAGUUGCGACCAAUUCAAACGCUACGAGAGGCAGAAAAUUACUCGUGCCUUAUUGAAAAUGAAAUUCUGCUCUAGCGCUUACCGAAAUUGCCAAGACUCUGUGCACACGGGCUAUUCGGCUCUCUCGCAAAUCACUCAGCUCUUGUUCAACGACAUUUGCAGUGCAACUCGAUUGACGAAAUAAAUUCCCUACAAGUAGUACGUAGGCCAAAAUUCAUUUCUGACUGAGCAUGCUGUCUCAGGAAUACAUGAGCCGAGCAUAAAACAAUGA